ACGUCAUAACUUUGCUAUGACGUGUACUUUCACUUUGCUUGUGUCAACAUGGAUUCGUUUGGAGAACCAAAAAGAAGAUACCGCUUAAUUUUAGAUUUUAAGUGCCAGUUCCCAGAGAAAUUAUAUGAUGUGUGUAACGACGGUUAUCUUGUUCACUGGAACAGAAACGGCUCAGUGUCGGUUCGAGAUGAAACAACAUUCGAAAACAGCGUCAUGACAUGUUACCCUGGCUUCCUGCAGAUACCAACAAUGCUGAACUUCAAGAGGCUGUUCCGGGAAUACGGGUUUGACAGAGAUGUGAACAAGGAGGGAUCACUGGAGUGGUCGCAUCCUUUCUUCGUCAUGAACAGACGGGACUUGGUGCAGCAGAUCAAAACUCGUCGAAAGGCAUAUUUACAUCCAGUCUUGACCGGUUCCGCGGACGAAUGCAAUCGUUUCGGACCGGGACAAGUUAUACCCACUGAAGGGAAGCGACGUUACUCGGCGCGUCGUCGACGGCAGCCGCAGCGUCUCAGCGCGGAAGGGAGUGAUACUCCAAUGUCUCGAACACCGGAUAUUGGCGGCGGAGGUGACACUCCACUAAAUUCUAGUCUUAGUAUUGGUAGUUCCUACGUUGUUAAGACUCCACAUGCCGUUAUUAUAGAGGACUCCACGCCCGUGAAGCAUUUCACGUCCAUUCCCAACGUUAACCUAAACCAGAACGCCAAUUGUGCCAGGGAUGCACGGGCUGUGAUGACCGCAUAUGCUCAGAACGAGUUUACGUUAGAAGAGUACAAUCAGUACAUUGUCCAGAAAAGAAAAUCGGAGGAGCAGAAAAUUAAUGCAGCAUACAGUGCCAAUCCCGACAGCAAAAACAAAGAAUACUGGUGGAUGUACGACAAUACAAUGAAAGGCGGUUUUGUGCAUACUGUGAAUGCACAACAACAGAAGCCAUCAAUGGCAGCAACGGGCCAGGAAACCAUGCCGUGUGGGUUCUGCAAGUGCUGUAGUGCCAUCAGCAACUAUGUUCACCUCUUUGGUGAAGUCCCUGAAAACAUUCAAGUCAUUGAUUACGUUGAGGAAGUGGUCCAAUCACAGGACACAGAUUCAGAGAGUGGCGCAGGCUCGCUACGGUUGCUUCCUGACGACACCUACAUCAACUUAGUCAAUGAUGCCGCAUACGUCCCUUACUCUGACAAAAUAGAACAGGAACAUUGAAACAGAUUGGACACCGGUUUCCAUAUAUAUAUGUGUAUAUGCAUGCUUAUUAUACCAUGACAUUUUUAAUCAAUGAAAACAUUAUAAUAAACAUACUUUUGGGGCUUUGUACGACUUCCAUGUGCCUGGUCUGCCAUAUGAAAGUUUAGUAAUACAUGAUACCACAUUUGACUGAAAGAAAUACACCAUUUUUGUUGAUUUUGAAAGUCUAUAUAAAAUUCCUCUCACGAUGUUUGCUUUUGCUUAAACAUUUUUCAAAAUCCGUACCUGAGGAAUGGAUGUUUAAUUGAAUGUGAAAGUGUGAACUAAUAUCUUCAGCGGCUCAGCCUUUGUGCUGAACAUUUUUAACCAUUCGCAUAUAGUUUUAUUAUGAUACUUUUACAUUUCUGUUGAACAUUUUACAAUUUUCAUUUAAAUUCUAACAAUAUAUGGAGAUUGAAAACUCAUUUAUUUUUUAGUUGUUUAAUGAAACUUUACGUUUAAAUUUUAUGUUAUAAAGGUUGAUAAAUGUAUUACCAGAGUGAGUGAUAAUUAAAACGGCUGUUACAUAUA